CGCUCCAAACGGGCAAACUAUCGAUUACGGGUAUGACCUGGUCGGGGAACCGGAUGUCAUGUAUAUCGCCGGCCAACAACCCGUUUCCGUGUAACGCCGACGCCUCCCCUACAAUGCAUCGCCGGGUGCACGUAAAUGGCCGUGAUGCGAAUUGACGUGCCGCGCGCGACCGACUUGGCCGUGACGGCGGUGCGGUGCUCGCGGCAAACCGCCGUUCGAAACGCUGGUAACGGUACGAAUAACUCGUCAAACGACGCCAUAACUAUUGAUCUCUCUUCGCUCCCGCUCUCUUUUCCUUCGUUUCGUUGGCCUUUUUGCCCCGGCAAUCUAGUUGUCACCUUGCUUUGCUGGGGAGUCGCUGGGCGAUUGGCAUUGCUAACGGCUACCGCUUUCUUUUCUUAUUUCCCUUUUGUCUUUUUUCCCCCUAAUUCAAAAUGCUCUGCACAAUCCGGCCAAACGGGGCAUCACACCACCGAACUGCUUGCAUUGGACGAACGACGCGCUGCGGUGACAAACGGGCGGCGGAUUCGGCUCCGCCGGCAUGGGUUUUCCUUAUACCUGCAAUCGCCCGGCGGCCCAAUUGGCCAUUUGCGGUCGAACUGGUUGCCGGCGCCCGGUCGCAAUCAGUUCGACCGCAAAUGGUCCGAGCGCCCACGGGGCCGCACAGCGGAGCCGUCAAUCCGUUCCACCGGAAUGUUUGUCUAUGACGAAUAUCGGUCCCAAACCACUGAAAGGGACUCCUCAGACUGAAGAUUCGUAACAACGGGGUGAGGUUCGGUAGAGCCAAAGGGUCUACAACAAUUGACACAAGCAAGUGUUCACACAGUAGUAAAGACAACUGCUUGCAUUGCUUACUGGAGAACCACCUGAAGGUCCUCCAACGAGUGACUAUCUAGCUAGGAUAUAUAAUACUCCGUUUCGCCGUC